GUUAUCCAUCAGCAUCUGCAUCAACAAUAAUUCAUCAUUUUGUAGCCUAGAAGGCGUACUGUUCGCCCAUGAUACAAAUCACGCCAUCAUAAAAAGAGUAUGCCAACUCAAGACAAAGAAAGGACACACCAAAGAAACCAACAAACACUGCGACAGCGUGUUAAUCAUCACGAAGAGAAAUUACUGAAACAUUUACAGAUUCUUCAUUCCAUAAAACACAAUAACCAGUCGAUUCCACCACCAUCGCUGACAGCGCAAAUUACUGCUCAGCUACAAAAUGACGUUAUGGAAAACGGCCCUAUCAUGACAGCGGUGGUUGCUGGGGCCCUUUUAGGGCACAUGCUGACUGUCCUAAUAUUGAUACUCUGUCGGCUUUGCAAGAUGAAGCCCAGCGAUAAACCUGAAAACGAAGAUCCUGUUCGACAGGGAAAAGAGAGCAUAAACGAAGAGAAAGGAAAGCAGCGUUCCCACCAGUCCCUAAUGUUUGCUCCAUUACUUGCUGAUUAUAACAAGAAAUUUAAUGACACAGAUACCAGAGACGUAACACCUUCGCGUCUCUCCUUAAAGUCCGCACUUCCGGUUCUACCCAGCGUCAACAACGUUAUAACACAAAAGUACGGCCCACCUUCUCGUUACUCCAUUAAACACACACCAGAAUCUGUGAACAGUACCAACAAAGCUGUAGAUACCACAAAUAAAUGGUCGUUAAACCAACCCGACGUGUGUUUGAGUAACACUAAAAAGUUGAGCAACAAGAUGCCACACCCUAAUAUUCUGAAACCAGGUUUUCUCCGACCGAAUAUAUCCCCCCAAACUCCACCUAGACCAACCUAUUCUCAAAGGUCCGUGUCAACACUAGACCGGACUAUGCGUCAGAGUAUGAUGGAUUCAGUACCUGGUCGUCCUCCUCUGUUUGGACCCAGACCAUCUUUGCCCGGGAUCAGAAAAUCCCAAGUCGAUACAGUAGCUGGACCGCGUCUACCACCUCCUUUCCUAGCGGGCAUAAAUCAACUUAGAAGAAAUUGAACAGAAUUUAUGAAAUACUUUUCCAUGAUAUUUGAAUGAAUUAUAAGAAAAAAUAUUUAUUCUGCUGUCUACAGUUGAUGUUCUACUAAAUGCUGAUAUUUUCGGUUUUAACUGAGAUAUUAGAUAA